AUGGAGAGGUGUCCUCCAGCUCAUUGGUCUGAAACGCCUCCUCCGCCGCUUCCUAGUCCUCCGCAACAAACGUCCUCUCCUGACGACCCACCUGUUGAAGAGCCACUGCAAAGCCACAGUCCACGAAAGAGUCCUGUGGGGGAUGCCAUCCACCUAGCUUAUUCAACGGCCAUGGAAGGCACCGAGGGUGGGGGCAUGACAGUCAUCCGAAGUCCUGAUCACGGGGGAGAGCAACUUGUGUACCAGACGCUGGGAGACAGUCCUGGCAGUUAUGACAGUGACAGCCCUAGGGCACUUUCUCCACAAAGUUCAACAGCUUUGCCAUACUCCGCUUUGGAAGUUGCGCACUAUCCGAUGUGGGGUGCUGCGGGAAACGGUGGUUAUUUCGGAAGUUCCGGUCUAGGGAGCCCUGGUAUGGAGAGCGAGAACCCCAGUAAUGGUACUCGAGGCUACAACUCCGCCACCUGUCCGACGUACGUAAUAGGAAGUGAACAAGGCUGGACAUUGCCACCCAUGUCAUCAGUUACAUAUUUUCCUGACGGAAGACGGCAACAGUACCUAAUAAUUAUCAGCAGUCUGUUGGAUUUACAGGGAUACUUCAGAAUGGAGAGGUGUCCUCCAGCUCAUUGGUCUGAAACGCCUCCUCCGCCGCUUCCUAGUCCUCCGCAACAAACGUCCUCUCCUGACGACCCACCUGUUGAAGAGCCACUGCAAAGCCACAGUCCACGAAAGAGUCCUGUGGGGGAUGCCAUCCACCUAGCUUAUUCAACGGCCAUGGAAGGCACCGAGGGUGGGGGCAUGACAGUCAUCCGAAGUCCUGAUCACGGGGGAGAGCAACUUGUGUACCAGACGCUGGGAGACAGUCCUGGCAGUUAUGACAGUGACAGCCCUAGGGCACUUUCUCCACAAAGUUCAACAGCUUUGCCAUACUCCGCUUUGGAAGUUGCGCACUAUCCGAUGUGGGGUGCUGCGGGAAACGGUGGUUAUUUCGGAAGUUCCGGUCUAGGGAGCCCUGGUAUGGAGAGCGAGAACCCCAGUAAUGGUACUCGAGGCUACAACUCCGCCACCUGUCCGACGUACGUAAUAGGAAGUGAACAAGGCUGGACAUUGCCACCCAUGUCAUCAGUUACAUAUUUUCCUGACGGAAGACGGCAACAGUACCCUGAUCCGCCACCAGACUACACCCGAGCAGCAGUCGAGCAGUCUCCGGUUCAGCAACAGUGCGCGGUGUGUGGUUCGACUGAAGGAGCUCCAUGGAGGAGAGAUGCUACCGGACAGUACGUUUGUAAUGCUUGCGGUCUCUACAAGAACGGUAGAGCGAGCACAACUUUAAGACCCCAAAGAAGGCUAACGACUAGUCGUAGGGUAGGCAUGACAUGCUCUAAUUGUUCUACAACGGACACUACAUUAUGGAGGAGAAAUACCCAAGGAGAGCCAGUCUGCAAUGCUUGCGGUCUUUACUACAAGCUUCAUCAGGUAAAUCGUCCUAUAUCUAUGCGGAAAGAUUCCAUCCAGACAAGGAAGCGAAAGCCCAAAAGCGGAAGUUCUUCUAGCAAGGGGAAAUCUCAUUCGUCAACCAAUGGACCCAACAGCAAAUCGUCAACGUCUUCUUCGGUAAAUCCUUACUUAUCUCAAAGCUUAGAUGGAACUUUGGAGCAUCAAGGGUCGGACCCCAGGCACUCCCCUCUCUUGCCUUCAUCAAGUACCCUUUCACAACAACUACCACAGUUCCCGCCAUUGGAUCCACCCCAGGGUGUAGACCUCAUGCUAGAGAACGGCAUCGUUCUCGAACCACAUCCUUCAGUCAUUAGUCUAGCUCCCAACAACAGCAAGCAUCUUGGAUGA